AUCUCUGCCUCGCCGCUGCCUUUCCCUUCCCCCUCGCGCCCCGCCACCUCCUCCCCCUCCACCGCGUCUCGGCAAGCAACAGCUCCCCACCGACCCACCACCGCCGCCACCGCCACUCCUCCCACCACCAUGGCGUCGGGCGGCCGCGCUCUCGGCCCGAGGCCAUGACUCGGCGCCGCCCGUGGCCGUGGCUCUCCGUCUCCUCCCUCUCCCUGCGACGACAACCCCUCCUGUUCCCCCUCCUCCUCCUUGGGCGGCGAUAGAUGGCGGCGGCGAUGGUGGUGGGCGGGGGCGGCAAGGACCGCUCCUCGCCUGGCGGCGGCGGGGCGCCGCAGGUGGACACGGGCAAGUACGUGCGCUACACCCCCGAGCAGGUCGAGGCGCUCGAGCGGGUCUACAGCGAGUGCCCCAAGCCCAGCUCGCUGCGCCGGCAGCAGCUCAUCAGGGAGUGCCCCAUACUCAGCAACAUCGAGCCCAAGCAGAUCAAGGUCUGGUUCCAGAACCGCAGAUGCCGUGAAAAGCAGCGGAAGGAGGCCUCGCGCCUGCAGACUGUGAACCGGAAGCUGACUGCAAUGAACAAGCUGUUGAUGGAGGAGAAUGACAGGCUGCAGAAGCAGGUGUCCCGUCUCGUUUACGAGAAUGGGUACAUGCGGCAGCAGCUCCAUAAUCCUUCUGUUGCGACUACAGACACGAGCUGUGAGUCUGUGGUCACAAGUGGUCAGCACCACCAACAGCAAAAUGCAGCAGCUCCGCGUCCUCAAAGGGAUGCGAAUAACCCAGCUGGUCUACUCGCUAUUGCUGAGGAGACCUUGGCAGAGUUCCUGUCGAAGGCGACGGGGACUGCUGUCGAUUGGGUGCAAAUGGUUGGGAUGAAGCCUGGUCCGGAUUCCAUUGGAAUCAUCGCUGUUUCGCACAAUUGUAGUGGCGUAGCAGCCCGAGCUUGCGGCCUAGUGAGCCUUGAGCCCACAAAGGUCGCGGAGAUCCUUAAGGAUCGCUCCUCUUGGUACCGCGACUGCCGGUGUGUGGAUAUCCUCCAUGUUAUCCCUACGGGUAACGGUGGAACUAUCGAGCUUAUCUACAUGCAGACUUAUGCACCGACAACUUUGGCGGCACCGCGCGACUUUUGGACUCUCCGUUACACUAGUGGUCUUGAAGAUGGCAGUCUUGUGAUCUGUGAGAGGUCAUUGACACAAUCGACUGGAGGCCCAUCAGGACCCAACACUCCGAAUUUUGUCAGAGCCGAGGUGCUUCCUAGUGGCUAUUUAAUUCGACCGUGUGAGGGAGGUGGCUCCAUGAUUCACAUUGUGGAUCACGUUGACUUAGAUGCUUGGAGCGUGCCUGAGGUUCUUCGCCCACUUUAUGAAUCUCCAAAGAUUCUCGCACAGAAGACAACUAUUGCUGCACUGCGUCACAUUAGGCAAAUUGCGCAUGAAUCAAGUGGGGAAAUGCCCUAUGGAGGUGGCCGCCAGCCAGCAGUUCUGAGAACAUUCAGUCAGAGGCUCAGCAGGGGAUUCAAUGAUGCUGUCAAUGGGUUUCCAGAUGAUGGUUGGUCACUGAUGAGUAGUGACGGUUCUGAGGAUGUUACCAUUGCUAUCAACUCCUCUCCAAACAAACUUGUUGGAUCUCAUGUCAACUCCUCCCAGCUGUUUUCGGCAAUUGGAGGUGGCAUCUUAUGUGCAAAAGCAUCAAUGUUGCUACAGAACGUGCCACCUGCUCUACUAGUGCGAUUUCUGAGGGAGCAUCGCUCUGAAUGGGCCGAUCCUGGUGUUGAUGCUUAUUCUGCUGCUGCUCUGAGGGCUAGUCCAUAUGCAGUUCCUGGCCUGCGAGCUAGUGGUUUUAUGGGCAGUCAGGUUAUACUGCCACUAGCACACACCUUAGAACAUGAAGAGUUCCUGGAGGUCAUUAGGCUUGAGGGACACAGCCUAUGCCAUGAUGAAGUUGUUCUAUCAAGAGAUAUGUAUCUUCUGCAGUUGUGCAGCGGUGUGGAUGAAAAUGCAGCUGGUGCAUGUGCCCAGCUUGUCUUUGCACCCAUUGAUGAAUCUUUUGCUGAUGACGCACCGCUUCUACCCUCAGGCUUCCGUGUCAUACCACUGGAUGCCAAGACGGAUCCACCAUCUGGCACACGCACACUUGACCUAGCCUCUACUCUUGAGGUUGGAUCCGGUGGGACUACUCGUGCUUCCAGUGACGCCUCCAGCACCUGCAACACAAGAUCAGUCCUGACUAUUGCUUUCCAGUUCUCAUAUGAGAACCAUCUUCGAGAAAGUGUUGCGGCAAUGGCCAGGCAAUAUGUCAGGACUGUGGUGGCAUCAGUGCAGAGGGUGGCCAUGGCAAUAGCUCCCUCCCGUCUCGGUGGACAGCUUGAAAUGAAGCAAACUCCUGGAUCUCCUGAGGCGCACACGCUUGCAAGGUGGAUCGGCAGGAGCUACAGGUUUCACACUGGAGCUGAACUACUUCGCGCAGACACCCAAUGCACGGAUGCUUCCUUGAAAGCACUCUGGCAACACUCAGACUCUAUCAUGUGCUGUUCCCUGAAGGCUGCUCCUGUGUUCACCUUCGCCAACCAAGCCGGCCUCGACAUGCUGGAGACGACUCUGAUUGCUCUCCAGGACAUCUCACUGGAGAAGAUCCUCGACGAUGAUGGUCGGAAGGCACUUUGCACUGAGUACCCCAAGAUUAUGCAACAGGGCUUCGCAUACCUCCCUGGUGGAGUCUGCGUGUCGAGCAUGGGUCGGCCCGUGUCGUACGAGCAGGCGGUGGCGUGGAAGGUCCUGAGUGACGACGACACCCCACACUGCCUCGCCUUCAUGUUCGUGAACUGGUCCUUCGUGUGAGAAAACCCUAGUAGAGUCAGUCCCCUUGUAUGCACAAGUGUCAUUUCUUCAGGCCUUGUCUGUAUCCAUGUACCGUCGCUUUUGUAAACCUAUGAGACUUGAAUCGCACCUCCCCAGUUCAUCCUGAGGACACAAACUGCUUGUAGUUGUUCGUCUUUGCUUGCUAUCUAUGAUGGAUCGUGGUUUGCUUCA